GAAUAAGUAAAGUUGUACCUGUAAUUCAGAAGUAACGUGGCUGCAUGCACUAAUACCAAGGACUGCAGUAUUAGCAGCAACAUGUACUUUAUCCAGGUUUCAGGUAUAUCAAAUAUCUUCUUCCACUAGAAGAAAACACAUUUCCCAAUCUCAUGCAGGUUUUGUAUCAUUUGAAGUGUCAGACAGUGAGACGAGACCAGAACUCCAGGGCAGAACACAACACAGAUAGUGAGACGGGACCAGAACACAGACAGUGAGAUGAGACCAGAACAACAGGAAAGACCAGAAUCCAGACGGGGUGAAUUUCUCAUUUAAGAAGCACAAAUACUGGAAGAAGAGGUCGCUAUAUUAGAGGCCAGCAUGCGAUCUCUGGAUGUUGUAGAGGAAGAAGAGCAGCAUGACUCUCCAGAUGGGAGAGCAUUAUUGAAAUGGAUGAGAACUGGACAGACCAAAGAUUCUGUGAGGAUGGGGACAGCUCUGAUGAGGAAUUCAAUGCUUUUCUUCAACUACGAGUUUGGUGGUGCAGCAUCAAAGGUCGGGAAUAUUGAGCAGCUUCCAGAAAUAUCCAUGGACGAGACCGUGCUUGAUGUAGCUGUUCCCAACCCCACCGACGAUCAGAUGUCCGAUGUGCCAGACCAUCUGAAAGUUGAAAAUGACCUGGUUGGAAAGAAGGCCUGCAUCGCCUACCUUGACAACCUGAAGCUGCUUACUUCAUUUCUGCAAUUUCCUAUGAAAGUAUGUACCUUUUCAGACCAAAUUACUUUGGAAAAAUGCCCAGGAAGACGACCAUUUCAGGUUGAAAUGAAAUCUCUGGGAACUGGCCUUGUAUUGGAAUGGUCCUCUCGUCAAGGCGGGUCCUCAGUUAUGACCUCACUUCCUCUUCAGUUGGAAGGCCACUUCAGGUUCUCAUGGUUCAGUUGUGUAUCUACCAUCACACAACACUGGGCGGUAACUUCACAACCAAAUGAAAUCUAUCAACCGAACAACUCAAGGAUGGAUCUAUACCGACUUCAAACUUGGAACCUACAGGCCAGCAGAGGUGUUUCCUGCCAGGCUGACAGAAGACAGCAGAGGACUCCUAUUCAAAUCAUCCGAGUGACCUGAAGAAACUCAUGUUUGAGGUGUUCCCGGACCCACCAGACUCACCUGCUGGACUCUGGGUCCGGAGUCUGUCAUGCUUCAGUCAAGCAAAGGCCUGAAGACAAACCAGCGGUCAGCAGCAUCAGGAAAAUCUAAGCAUCCCCAGGAAGAUGCGUCAUGAUGACCACUGUGACCCAGAUGGGGCAUGAUCUGGACAGUUUUUGUAUAAAUGUUAUGGCUUUGCUACUUCGUGCAUUAUAAAUACCCAAUUUAAGUUUCUAUUUCAUCGGCCAUGAAUAAAGUGCUUUAUGUUAUAGCAGAAAA